AGUGCCAGCUUGCGCAUCACUAGCCUGCAAAGAGAGAAAACAAAACAAAGGGCGAGAAAAAAUGCGUCGCCGGGAACUGCAAACCAUACAACUGAAGCUCUCCGAGCUCAAGGAGUACGAGCAGGCCAAACUGGAACGGGCCAAGGCGCGCCAACAAAUCUCCUCGCCACGCACCCCAACGCCCAGUUCGGACAGCGACAUUAUGCUGUUGCCGUCCAGCAGUGUGCCGGCAAUUUUACUCGCCAACAACGAAGUGGAUGCGGAUGCAGAUGAUGCAUCAUCCAAAGACAAUGCUGCAUAGGCACAAGCAGAUCUAACGGUGCAUAUGUUGGUCAGCACAGGAGGAGCUUAGCGAUCGACACUAAAAAUAUUUAUACCAAAUCUGGAGAGGAUUACUUCGGAAGACGAACUACUUAUUAAUAUUAAUAUUUAAAUAAAAUAGACACGUAAAGCAUAAUGUAAACGUACUGACGCAAAAUGAAUUUCGAACAUUAGUUUUUAAUUGAUGUCCGUGGAAUGGAAUCAAAUAAUAAAUACAAAAUUGAUAUUUGU